UUUGGCAGCCGCGUGCGCUCAAGCAGUCGGAUCGAACCAGGCCUCUCCUGGUAAUACACAUCGUUUUCUAUAUAUUCAGUCAGCGCUCAACUGUCGCCACACUCUUUGAUUCUCUUCAUCGAAUACCACAAUGCGGCGUAAAGCCGAACUUCCGAAGGUCCUCGCGGAAUUUGCUGUGUUGGCGCGGCACCCGCUCCCCCGCACCCCCCAGACGGCGCCUUCGGCGCCGCCCCUAGCGCGCUGCACGCGCCAAGGAAAGGGUGUGGGGUGUGGGUCCCAGCGCCGUCCCAACAAGUUCCACACGGGACUCUUGAUAGUUUCGGUUUAUGCCGGUUGUUGGUCUUCUAUUCAGAAAGACAGAUGGCAGUUGCGGCCACGAUGGUAAAGCGGAAUGUCCAGAAGUGUUCCACGGGGUUUGUUGCUCACAUGCUUCUCCUGUGUAUCGCAGUGCUCUGCACGGACCUCUUCGCAUUACGCGAUAAGUUCAUGAUUCCGCCCAGCCUGGCGGGGAGUGCACAGGUUCAGGUCGAUUUCUUGCUGUGGGUUCUUGUUGCGGCCUACCUGAUCGACGCUUACAGUGCGAGAGCCACGGGACCGAUCACCAGCUCAAGGAAACAGGUUGCGACGAAGCCAGCGUUCGACAGGGUGGUCUCUGAUGGCCGGCGCCCGGCCAGCCCUGCAGCCCCCACCGCAGAGCGAGCGCCGCCCGCGAAACCAGAUGGCUGCCAGGGCAGCUCGGCGGACUCGGGAGACCUGUCUGGACAGGAGUGUUGGCGGCAGAGGUCCGACCUGCAGGUCGUCAGCUCCAUGUUGGCGGAGGGCGUGCCGUACAGAACCUCCAAGGUCUUGGAAGUGAUGCACAGCUGCAUCCGGCUCGGGCACGGAGACGCGGCCGUGAAGCUGUUCGACGAGAUGUUGCAGACAGGGCCCACCCCGAAAGCGCACCACAUUGGCAAGGCCGUAUCACACAAGUUCUUCAAGCUCGUCUCCGACACCCUCGAUGACAAGCGCAUUCAGGAAGACGGAUUGCGGCUUCUUGACCUUGUUCGAGCUCAUGGGAUCGCACCGGCGCCUGCGACCCAGAAUCGCUUGCUGGAUGCGUGGAAGAACCAGCUUCCCGAUUCCUUCUUGAGUUAUUUCCUCGAGUUGAAGGACGCAGGAUUCAUCCUCAGUAGAUGGGCAUAUCGCUACAUCGUGGUGGCCCACGAGAGGUCCGAUCCAGCAUUCGCGCUGAAGAUUUACAGUGAGAUGGAGGUGCUAGGAAUUCAGCUCGACCGGGCGGCGUACAAUUCUGUGCUGGGGGCUCGCUUUCAGCUUGGCAUGCUCGACGAGGCCCGAGAGCUGUUCCUGCGGAUGAACGACAGUUCACUGGUGCCCAACGAAAAGACGUUUGGAAUCAUGAUCAAAGUCUACUCGGCCAAAAACGAUCACGAGGGAGCUAUUGCCCUCUUCGGGACGAUGCAGGAGCAGCGCAUGGAGCCCGAUCGGUACGCCUACCAUCACGCAAUCCGUUCGAGCAUUACGCUGCAGCGUGUUGAGUAUGCCGUAGACUUAUACAACGACAUGCUCCACAAGAAGGUGCCACCCCUCAUGAACACCGUUUCCAUUCUGAGCGGAGCGUGCGCAAGUGUUGGCUGGCACGCUCGUUCGGCCGAGCUCUUGACGCACCUGGCGCGUGCCAAGGAGGCGGAGGCCGAAUACGGGCUCCAGAGGUAAGCACGAGAUCUGGAGCAAAACGCCCCAGAUGCAUCUCGAGCGCGCCCCGAAAGUUACACAUCGCCCAACGUGACGGCACUUGCAGUCACGUGGCCGCGAAUUGCUGGCGCUUCGGCCAGGUGGCACUCUCUUGCCAGCAGUCGAUGCCUUCCCCCGCGCGCCCUGCGCACGGCCCGCCCUGCUCUCCUCUUCUCCCAACGAAUCUGCCUGGUUGGAGGGCAGGGAGUGAAGUAUUCUCGGAUGCUUUUUGGCCCAGAACAUCGCCACCGGUCA